AUGGUGAAGGAAGAAGAAAAGCUGGUCGCGCUACCGAUCCUAACAGAAGAACUAGAAACAGUUGGAAGAAACGACGAGGUCGCCGAGGCGGCACCACUAGUUGAUACUGAUGAGCUUGGAGGGAAGACUUCCGAGCUGAUUGUAGUUGAUACAGAGGUGGUUCUGCUGGUAAGGAUUGGUGCGGCCGUGGUACUGGUAUCUGGCGCAGGAAGGCUUGAUGCUGAGGUGGCAUCAAGAGAAGUGGGUGUUGAGGAAGUACUGCUAGCGAUUGAUGGCAUGGAGAAUGAAGUACUCGAACUGAUUGAUUCUGCGUUUGAAGUUGUCGAAGAUACCUCUGUACCUGAAGUUGCUGUGCUGGAAAUGGAAAUACUUGUUGUAGAAGUAGUUCCUGAGGACGACGAAGAGGGGCUGCUCGAAGCGCUAGACGUGCUCGUCGUCAAGGUAGGAGCAGUUGACGAGCUCAGAGAUGCGGAGCAAAACGUUGCAGUCCGCGUAGAAGCUGCGCGAAUUCCAUACACGGAGUACAGGGUAGUGUACAUUGCGACGGGACAACCUGCGCUUGAUGAAGCCGAGGUUGACGCCGUAAUCACACCACCACACUUGGGAUUGCCGAAGGGCGGAUAG